UCAGUCGUCCUCCGGCUCGUCCCCAACCUUGCCCCUGUUCUUCCGAUACCCCAAUUCCCCUUUCCGCCCAUCCCAUCCCUGCUACCCCUGCUGCUACCACGCCGCCCCACGGCGGUCGAGGACCGGCAGGCCGGAGCCCGCCCGCCCGCUCCUCCUCGCCACCCAUUCUCGCCGGCCGCCGUCGGUUCGUCCCCGCCCGCCCGGCCGCCCGUCCUCGGCCCCUACCCGGCCGCCGCCGCCGCCCGUGACCCCGCCCUCGGCUCCUCUCCCGCCUCGACCUUCGUCCUCGACUCGUCGCCACACCGCCGGCCGUCGCCCUCGCACGCUCUCCUUCCCCGGCUUCGGGUUCGAGAUUUUUGUUGCAGUGAAUUGCAUUAAAGGCAUUGAGCCCCUUCCUUUUGUAUCUGGGUUAUUUUGAGGUAUUAAUUUGCAUUCUGGAGGUAAAAUGAGUGGUGCUCCAAAGAGGUUGCAUGAGGAGAGUAGCCACUCUACACCUACGAAACGGCCUUUGGAUGACAAUAGCUUGUAUUCGAGUCCUUCUGGGAAAGCUAUUCAGUCGAGCAGCAGUGAUUUCCAUGGUUCUUUUGAACAUGAUGGUAGAUUCGCCAAAAUCCAACGUCUUGAGCCCCGUGAUGAUAAGAGGCCACCCUUGGCCCAUCGGAUGCCUGGUAGCUCCACCAACUUUGUUGACCACCCCAUCUCAUCUGACAGCAGAUUAGAAUCAAAGCAAAAUAAAGAUGCAAGGGACACUAAGGCUGAUGAUCGUGAGACGAAAGCUGAUGCACGUGAUGUCUAUAGUGAUCCCAGAAUUGAAUUUCAGGCUAAUAAAGUUGAGAGUGAUGUAAAGGUAGACAAUAGAGCAGAUGAAAGUGAAAUAAGGGCUGACAGGAGGGGUCAUGCUGAUUACAAAGGUGAUACCAAAUUUGAGAAGGAUAGUCAUUCUACUGUUCCAUCAAACUUAGGCUGGAAGGACAACAAGGAACAUAGGGGUAAAAGGUAUUUUGAACAGCCGUCUGAUAAUGUGGAUUGGCGUUUGUCUCGUCCUGGUUUGCAAGGCACUGAUGAAACUCCCAAAGGUCCAACUUUGGCGGAAGAGCGUAAUUCAAAAGAUGCACAUGAAUCUGCAGGUGACAACAAAGCUGAACCAAAAAGUGAAGAUAAGUUCAGAGACAAGGACAGAAAAAAGAAGGAUGAGAAACAUAGGGACUUUGGUGCAAAAGAGAGUGAUAAAAAUGAUCGUAGAACCGGUAUACAGCUUGGAAGUAGUGGUGUUGAGCGAAGAGAAAUGCAAAGGGAAGAUAGGGAUGCUGAAAAAUGGGACAGGGAAAGAAAAGAUUCCUCGAGAGACAAGGAAGUCAACGAUAGGGAGAAGGAUUCUUCUAAGAAAGACUCAUCUGUAGCAAUUGAAAAGGAUAACACAAUACUGGAAAAAGCUUCAUCUGAUGGAGCUGUUAAGAGUGCCGAGCAUGAGAAUACAAUAACAGAAUCUAAGAUGACUAAGGAUGAUGCAUGGAAAGCUCAUGAUAGGGAUCCUAAGGACAAGAAAAGAGAGAAGGAUGUGGAUGCAGGAGACAGGCAUGAGCAAAGAAGCAAAUAUAAUGACAAAGAAUCAGAUGAUAAUGGCACUGAAGGGGAUAUAGAGAAAGAUAAGGAUGUUUUUGGAAGUGUCCAACGAAGGAGGAUGGUGCGACCAAGGGGAGGUAGUCAAUCAUCUCAGCGUGAACCUCGAUUUCGAUCCCGAAUGCGUGAUGGCGAAGGGGCUCAAGGUAAGUCUGAGGUGCCUGCCAUUGUUUAUAAAGCUGGAGAGUGCAUGCAGGAGUUGCUGAAAUCAUGGAAAGAGUUUGAAGCAACUCAGGAUGCUAAAAAUGCUGAAAGUCUACAAAAUGGUCCUACUCUUGAAAUUCGGAUACCUGCGGAAUUUGUUACUUCCACUAAUCGUCAAGUAAAGGGUGCUCAGCUUUGGGGAACAGAUAUAUAUACAAAUGAUUCAGAUCUUGUGGCUGUUCUAAUGCAUACCGGUUACUGCUCGCCUACAUCCUCCCCUCCACCAUCUGCCAUCCAAGAGCUUCGUGCAACUGUUCGAGUUCUACCACCACAAGAGAGUUAUACUUCAACAUUGAGGAACAACGUACGUUCACGUGCUUGGGGUGCUGGGAUUGGUUGUAGCUUUCGCAUAGAACGCUGCUGCAUUGUUAAGAAAGGUGGUGGCACCAUUGAUCUUGAGCCGCGCCUUAGCCACACGUCAGCUGUGGAACCUACACUUGCUCCAGUUGCGGUUGAGCGUACAAUGACGACAAGAGCUGCAGCUUCUAAUGCAUUGCGUCAACAAAGAUUUGUUCGUGAAGUGACAAUACAGUAUAAUCUCUGCAAUGAGCCGUGGUUAAAAUAUAGUAUAAGCAUUGUGGCAGACAAGGGAUUGAAAAAGUCUCUUUAUACUUCUGCUAGACUGAAGAAAGGAGAAGUUAUAUACUUGGAAACACACUUUAAUAGUUUCCACAGGUACGAGCUCUGCUUCAGUGGAGAGAAGCCUCGUAGUAUUGGAUCAAAUUCCAAUGCAUCUGAUGCAGAACCGGAGAAACACCAGAACAGUAGUCACCAUUCACAAAAUGGGGACAGAGGCUCUGUGGACCAUGAACUCAGGGAUGUGUUCAGAUGGUCUCGUUGUAAGAAGGCCAUGCCUGAAAGUGCCAUGCGUUCCAUCGGUAUCCCCCUACCAGCAGACCAACUUGAGGUGUUGCAGGAUAACCUAGAAUGGGAGGACGUGCAGUGGUCACAGACCGGUGUUUGGGUAGCUGGGAAGGAGUAUCCCCUCGCCCGGGUGCACUUCCUCUCAGCUAACUAAUAGUACUAGCAGCUUGAUGUUGCAGCCAACAAAGGAACUAUUGUUUCUUCUGGACAAGGCAGGAGCUUACAAGCAUUCCGGUUUUCUUCUACCGUACAGUGUGUGAUGCACCAUGCCAUUUGUAUAAAGAAAGCUCAACCGUUGUAGGCUGUUUGGUGGGUAGUCUACUAGUCUUCACAUUAACCAUAUUUGGUAGGUUGCGUUCGCCUGCCCGUGUCUCAAAGAUGUAUUGUUGGUUUUAGGUCCUGAUUAAAUAAUUGGUGGUUUGUAACUUAAAAUUAUCGUUGGAUAUUAUUUCAAGAUAGCAAACCAUGAAUCUAAUUGAGUAUAUUGCUAUAGUGUUCUGUGAAUAUAUUUUAAGGUUCGAAAU